UGAGGGUCCUCCCGCUCCCCCCGCCGGCGGCCGGCACCGAGAGGCGGCCGCCCCGGGCCCAGUCCGGCGCGCUCGGUGCGGGGCCGUCCCCUGCAGGCCCGGGGGGACACGGGCGCGGCUGCCCUCGCAGCAGGCCCGGCCCCUUCUUCGCCGCCGGCGGGGGUCGGUGCCGCCCGGACAAAGCCCCCCCCCCGCCCCGCGCCUGCAGAGUGCGGGGCGGGUCCGCGAGGGGCCUGACCCCGGAGUUAACUGGGGGUCUGAGGCGAGGGCGUCGCGGGGAGGCCGGGAGGCGGCUGCGCUGGCCGCGGUGGGUCUGUUGGGGCUGCCGAGAGCGGCCGGGGCCGGCCUGAGCCCUGCGGUAGGCGCUGGCUCCCCUCCGCAAGGUUCGGCCUUGCCCUUCCCGGCAAAAAGCAGGGAAAGAGCUCUCCUGGGCCAGCCGAAGCUCUCGGGAAGCUGGAGGAGCCCUCCGGACCUUGCCAGGUCCCCCAGAAGGAAAUGGUGUAAAGCCAGCCCGCACAGCUGCCACUUCCAAUCGCGGUGUGCCUAAACCUCAGGGAGGACCAUGGCAGCAGCUCAGGGAGCAGGAAGCAGUUCAGCCGGGCCAUCCGGACUCCCCAGUUCUGCCCCAGGGCACAGCAGCAACUCCACAGCAGUGGCGGUGUGGGAAUGGCAGGAUGAAUUUGGCAGGUGGAGGCCAUACCGAGGGAAUGUCUGCAGCUACAUUGAACAGGUUUUUCAAGCCUCUCAGCAGAAGGGCCGGCGUUCGGGGUCGGGGCUUGUCAGCAGCAUCCCUUUGGGACACGCGGAUCCUGUCCUGGCCCCCUAUGUCAUCGACAUUCCAAGUCUGACGCAGUUCCGGCAGGAUACAGGGACGAUGCGGGCUGUCCGCAGACAUCUCUUCCCCGGGGACUCUGCCGCCGGACAGGGCAUCAUCUGGGAGUGGCAGAACGAUGAAGGCGGGUGGUCUCCCUACGAGAUGAACGUCUGUGUGUUCCUGGAGCAAGCCCGUGCCACGAACCACCAGCGAGUAGAUCUUGGACCGUUAGGCUACAACUAUGAAGUUGACUUUGUGGCUCAAGUCCAGACCAACAAGACCACAAGGUUUCGCCGCGGCGUUCAGAGGCGUUUGGACGCCCCGUACCCAGUGACAGCCUCCCCCCCGGCUCCCAUUCACACAGGGGUGGCUUGUUCCUGCCAGCAGUGCUGGCUAAAUGGUGGGACUGGUCCCAUCACCACGCGCUACCGGCACUCUAUGAUAAACUUUCCCAACUCUUCUGCUACUCAUCAGGUUUCCAGUAGGACAGCGUCAGUAAGUUCUUCCAAUGUUGGCUUCGUGCCCUAUAACAAACCGACUUUGUCUGGAGCGAGGUCAACGCCAAGACUCAAUGCACAGAGCACCUGGGCUUUGCCUCAAGGUGGGGGCCCCAGCACAGGACUGCCUGCAUCUAACGGAGUCAGUGCACCAAAGCUGCCAGUCAAGAUGCCCAAACCCAGCAAGGUGAACCAGGCCCUGGCAGGCAUGACGGCUAUUCUGAUGUCAGCCGCUGGACUCCCUGUGCACCUCACCUGUGUGCCGCAAGCUGCCAGCACCCAUAAAGCCACUAAAAAACACAGCUCAGUUAAGGAGGGGAGGAAAGUGUCCAAGAAAGCAACACCAACUGAGCCAGAAGCAGUGGUGAAGAGGUACCUGGAAGAGGUGAAGGGCUCUCCUGCUGAUGAGGACUGUAUCAUCUGCAUGGAGAAGCUGUCGUCCCCCUCAGGUUACAGCGACACAUGUGAGUGCAGCACAAUCAAGCCGGAGACAGUUGGUCGUCUGACAAACUGCCAGCACUCCUUCCACAUGCUCUGCAUGCUGGCCAUGUACUCCAAUGGGAACAAGGAUGGGAGUUUGCAGUGCCCCUCUUGUAAAACCAUCUACGGAGAGAAAACCGGUACUCAGCCCAAAGGGAAGAUGGAGGUCUCCACUUAUCCCCAGUCCCUACCUGGCCACAAGGACUGUGGGACAAUCCAAAUUGUAUAUCACAUCAGCAGAGGCAUCCAGGGCCCUGAGCACCCCAACCCUGGGAUGCCUUACACAGCAAGAGGCUUUCCUCGCUAUUGUUAUCUACCUGACAACGAGAAAGGCAGAAAGGUCCUUGAGCUCCUGAGGGUGGCCUGGAAGAGACGCCUGAUUUUCACCGUGGGCACUUCCAGCACCACUGGCGAGAGCAACACGGUGGUGUGGAACGAGAUCCACCACAAGACAGAGAUGGACACAAACCUGAGCGGCCAUGGCUACCCUGACCCCAACUACCUGGACAAUGUGCUGGCAGAGCUGGCCGCGCAGGGUGUCACCGAGGACUGCCUGAGACAAUGAGCUGAGGUGGGGGCCCGGCUGUGCCAUGCACAUGUCGGGGGGCCCACCUAGUGCACUUAUUCCUGUUGCCUUAAGUUCCUGUGUCUGACUGCCUGUCACAUUGAGCAAUAACACUGUACUGCGGGAGCCCUG